AUGGCAAGUGGCGUUGCUCAGGAUUUGCAGGAGAACUGGGAGGAUUUCGGCCAAAAAGUGGACCUGACACAGAGGAUCAGGGAGGUGCUGCAGAACUAUCCCGAGGGCACCACAAUCCUCAAGGAGCUCAUCCAGAAUGCUGACGAUUCGGGGGCCAGCAAGGUGAUUGUGUGUCUUGAUCGGCGCCACCAUGGCACUGAACGGUUGGCCUAUGGCGGCCUCGCACCGUUCCAAGGGCCCGCGCUUUUGGUGUACAACAACUCAAUUUUCACAGAAGAGGAUUUUGAGAGCAUCUCGCGUGUCGGGGGAAGCAAGAAGAGGACACAGGCCGGGAAGACGGGGCGGUUUGGGAUCGGCUUCAACGUGGUGUACCAUCUUACGGACCUCCCCAGCUUCGUCUCCGGUCAGCACCUGGUGUACUUCGACCCACACUGUGCACAUCUGCCACGUGUCAACGCUGCCAACCCCGGCAAGAGGCUCGACUUCGUCCGCACGCCGGCGAGCGACUCGCAGCGGGACCAGUUUGCGCCGUACAAGGUCUUUGGUUGCGACAUGGCCAGGCCGUUCAACGGCACGCUCUUUAGGUUCCCGCUCCGCACGUCGGACCUCGCGGCCGUGUCCCGUAUCUCGCGCCAGGCGUACAGCGUCCAAGGCAUGUCCGAACUGCUGUCCGAGUUCAAGUCCGAAGCAGUGCCGUCGCUCCUCUUCCUGAAGCACGUCGAAAGCAUCGACCUCUUUGACUGGGCCGCCGACGCAGCCGCACCAACGAAGCUGUUUACUUGCGAGCUGGAGAACUUGAGCCCGGAGAUUCAUAGACACCGACAGGUCUUCUCGCAAAUUGCCCGAAACCCCCUCCCCCGGACGCCCGUCUCCGAUGUCUUCGCUCUCGAGUUUCGGAACAGAGACGAAUCGAACGGUGGUGAGGAGACGCACGAGGUGUACCUCAUUUCUCAAUACAUGGCGGGGAGCCAAAGUGCGAUUGGGGCGAUCAAGUCGCGGGCCGAAAAGGAGUACGACCUGUAUCUGCUGCCGUGGACGUCGAUUGCGGCCAGGCUGGACACUGGAAACGACGCGGCCCCGGCGCUCCUCAAAGGCCGCGCCUUCUGCUUCCUGCCGCUGCCAAUGACAACGGACUUGCCCGUCCACGUAAACGGUUACUUCGAGCUCUCCAGCAACCGCCGCGACCUGUGGAUGGGCCUCGACAUGGAAGGAAGCGGACGCCUCCGGUCCGAAUGGAACCGGACCCUACUUUCGGACGUCUGCACCGCUGCGUACGCCCAACUCCUGCAUCGGGCGACCACUCAGCUAGGCCCCUCCUCUGCCUACUACGCCCUUUUCCCUGCCAACAGACCGGCCGAGCCUUGGAGCCUUCUCGUAGCCAAGCUCUACCAAGCCCUGGCAAACGUACCGAUCCUCCACACGAGCGCCGUCGAUUCGGGCGCCCAGAGAUCGGACAGUGCAAACGCGGUUGGCCGGUGGGUUACUCCCCGCGAAGCGCUGUUCCGCGACGAAGAGUUUGCCCGGGGCGCGGAGCUGACGUCAGCACUUGUCAGCGAGGGGCUCCCGGUGGUCGAGCCCCCCCUGGGGCCGCGGGCGCUCCUUUUGGAGUACGCGACCGGGGGUCAGGCGACCGUAUGCAUGCCGGCGCUCGUGCGCGCGCAUUUGCGGGGGGGCGGGGUCCACCGGGGACUAGAGCGACGUGAAAACGCGCUGACGUUCCUGGAGUAUUGUUUGGAAGACGUUCUCGACGACGAGGCGGGGGAUCACCUCGUGAACCUGCAGCUGAUCCCGCUUUCGGACGGUUCGCUCGGACGGUUCGCUCGGCGCUCCAGACCGUCCGGACAGUCCGAAACGUCCGGGGCGGAUUUUGUGCUGCCAGCGAGCGAACUAGAGGCGCGGCUUCUGAGCGGCGUGCCACACCGAGUCGUAGACGGGAAAGUUGACGGUCCGCUCGGGGAGCGCCUUCGGAGCAUCGCCGCAAGUGGGGGCACGAACGUCCGUACUCUGACGGCGCCCACUCUCGGACAGUUGCUGUCCGACAUUCUUCCGAAGGAGUGGAGGGGAAAGCGCAACGUGGCCUGGGAGGUCCUCGGGGCAAACGCGGAGCUAGACCCCAGCGAACGGGAGCAGGAGUUGCGGCUAUUCACACAACGGGACGAGGUGUUGAGAGCCCAGUCUGGACGGCGGGUGAGCGGAGCCCUGGUCGUGGAGCUGAGUAGGCAGCCCAGUGUGAAUUGGCUCUCGGACCUUUGGCGGUGGCUCGGGGAGAAGUCCCGGGGGGAUGUGCGGACGUUCUCGGACUGGCCGCUCCUGCCCACUUCGGACGGUGGGCUGUGCCAGCUGUCACUUGCUUCCGCCGUCGUUGGCCCGAGUUGGGAGUCUCUGGAAGGCGGAACGGCGGGUUCCUCUUCCAGAGGUUACGGGCAACAACGUGGGCCGUUGAGAAGCGACGAAGGAGUAAGUGCUUCCGAAGGUAACGUGCAGCAAUCUGGGCAGUCGAACAGCGAGAACGGAUCAAGCGGAGUCUCGGACGGUAUUCCGUUGCGGAGGGUAAUAACGGUGUUGAAGAAGCUGGGCUGCCGGUUUCUGCACCCGGGGGGAGCAAUUCCAGUCGCAGAACAUCCCCUUGCCAGUCAGUUUCUACACGCUCCGACUGCAUCCGGAAUUCUGAGCGCAUUCAGUGCAGCCUGCGAGAGCGACGGCGCAGGGCUGGUGUCUCAGCGCGUGGCGAAGCUAGACGUGUCCGAGCGCGCGUCCUUGCGGCGCUUCUUCACACAGCCAAGGUGGUGGUCGGGAGCGCCUGUCCAACCCACCAUUGUAAAUAUCGUCCGCUCACUGCCAAUCUUCGAAACGUACGGCUCCUCCUCGGGGGGGCUAGUCGCCCUGGAAUCUAGCCGCGUGUUCCUAUCCCCAAAAGACGUUGACGAAGCGCUGCUGGGGGAGUCGUUCCUGAAACCGGCUUCGGCAAACGAGGCGCGCAUUCUGGCCGGGUCCCUAGGGGUGCCCGUUCUCGGCCGGGCGGCCUUCUACCGGACCCACGUGUUUGGACGCAUCCUGGGCUUGCCCGCGGACGUCCGCAAUAAGAGCAUGCUCGCGGCGCUCCGGGACCUCCCGGGGCUGUGCUCCGAGGACUCGAGCUUCCGGGAGAUCAUCUCCCGACUGCCUUUUGUCCCAGCAGGGGGGCGGAACGGGGAGGAACUGCUGCCCCCCUCGGCGCUGUACGACCCCCGGGUUGAGGAGCUGGUGCUGCUGCUAGAGGGGGCUCGGAGUAGCAGCGGAAGUCAACCCCCUGCUGCUGAGACCACAAAAACGGAUGCUGCAACAAACGGGGAGAGCAGUUGGAGGGAGUCAGAAGAGGGGUCCGGGGGCAAGUCCGCUUCGCCAACUAGUAGCGGCUUCUUUCCGAGGGGCGAGUUUGCCACGCCGCAGGUUCUCGACGCGCUCCGCUUCCUGGGUCUCAAAACGAGCGUCUCCCAGGAGACUGUCCUCGCCGCUGCUCGCGCUGUGGAACAGCUGGCGGGCUCGGACCCCGAAUCCGCGCUCCUCCAGGGGCGGGCGAUCCUCGAAUAUCUCGAGGUGCACGGACAGCAUUGGACGCCCGGCGCGGGGGAAGAGGUCCGAAAAGCGUUCUCCAAGUUUGGGAACUAUCUCGGCCUCAAGGAGGCACGUGCCUCGGAAACCGGGCUCGAGAAGUUUUGGUCCGACCUGGGGAGCACCCAAUGGUGCCCGGUAAUGGUGACCCCUCCGGACCCGAGCCUGCCGUGGCCCUCCGUUACCGGUACCGUCUCCGCCCCCCGUUUCUGCCGCCCCGCCUCCGACAUGUGGCUCGUCUCCGCAUCAUUGCGGAUCCUCGACGGGGAGUGCCGGUCGGCCGCCCUGGCGCACCAGCUAGGGUGGGACAAAUCCCCGGGCCCUGCCGUGCUCGCUGCGCAGCUAUUGGAGCUCGGGAAGCGCCACGCGCGUGUCGGCGGGCGUGCGGUCGGGCGCCAGCUGGCAGCCGCCAUCCCUCGAAUUUACACCCUGCUUCACCAGCUUCUUGGUCGGGAAGAGAUGGACAUUGUGAAGGCGGUCCUUGAGGGGAGUGCCUGGGUCUGGGUCGGGGACGGAUUCGCUGCGGUCGACCAAGUCGCUUUUACCGGACCGCUCAACCUGGCGCCCUACUUCUUUGUCAUCCCGUCGGACCUCUCCGCCUUCCGCGAGCUCCUCUCCGAGCUCGGCGUCCGGGACGGCCUCGCGCCCCGGGACUACGCGCGCGUGCUCGCGCGCAUGGCGGCCGACACGGCGGGGACUCCUCUCCAGGACGCGCAACUUUCGAUGGCGAUCUGGCUGGUGCAACAGCUGGCGGACGCACACCUCCUCGCAGAGGACGCGGGGUCCGGGAUCCACGUGCCGGACGCGGCGGGAGUUCUGGCGCCCGCUGGGGAGCUUGUGUAUAACGACGCGCCGUGGCUGGAAGGGUUUGGCGGCGCGGCGGGGCUGGCGCCGGCCGCGACGGCGAGCAGCUCGCGGUUCGUGCAUGCCAAGGUGUCCCACGAGGUUGCCGAGCGCGUUGGUGUCCGGUCCUUGCGGCGGCUCCUUUUGGCUGCAAAUGCGGACUCGAUGGAUCUGGCGGUGGGUACGGCUGAGGCAUUCGGACAGCACGAGGCGCUGACCGUCCGAUUGAAGCACAUUGUGGAGAUGUAUGCGGACGGGCCGGGCAUCCUUUGCGAGCUGGUGCAGAACGCGGACGACGCCGGCGCGACGUCGGUGGCAAUCGUCCUUGACCGCGAGCGCUACGGGGCGUCGUCCAUUCUGAGCCCGCGCAUGGCGGCCUGGCAAGGGCCCGCGCUGCUGUGCUACAACAACGCGCAGUUCACCCCGCGCGACCUGCACAAUAUCUCGCGCAUCGGCCAGGACAGCAAGCUCGAGAAGCCAGCCGCGAUUGGGCGGUUUGGGCUGGGCUUCAACUCAGUGUACCAUCUGACCGAUGUCCCGUCGUUUGUGAGUGGCGAGUACCUUGUCUUCUUUGAUCCCCACGCCUCGCACCUCCCGGGCGUCAGCCCCUCCCAUCCAGGUCUCAAGAUUGGGUUCGUCGGCCGCGGUCUGACCCAGCAGUUCCCCGACCAGUUCCGGCCAUACCUGCGCUUUGGAUGCGACCUCCAGCACCGCUUCCCAGGGACUCUGUUCCGAUUUCCGCUCAGAUCACCGGAAGCUGCACGGAAAAGCGAGAUCAAGCAGGAACCCUGCGACAUCGCGGCCCUCACCGAGCUGCUGUACAGUUUCCGCUCCACCGCGAUCGAGGCGCUCCUCUUCCUGCGGAGCGUCCGCAGCAUCAGCGUGUACAUACGAGACCGACCGUCCGAACCGCCCGCUAACCCGUCCGAAACGCCGCUUAACCCGUCCGCUAACCCGUCCGAAAACCUGGAGCUCCUGUACAAAGUCGAGCGGGCGCCGAGCCUCCAGGAAGACCCGCAGCAAGCGAUCCUGAGUUUCAUUCGGGGGGGAGGACGUGACGUCGUCGCGUCGAAGGACGCCUUUCUGCUGCGCCUGCAGCGCGCGGCGGAGAACGGCCUCCCGGGGGGGUGCGCCAAGGUGGACAUCCUCACCACCGGAACCCCCCGUAAAGAGGACUCCCCGUCUCCCACUCCUACUGUACAUACACCCCCCAAUAAGCCCGACUUCGACGGAGGCGACUCCGACAAGUAUAAUGCUGACGUCAUCCUUGACGUCAGCAGGGCCGGAGCGAAUAAAGAGCGGGCGGUGGAGCGGACCGGCCAGAGCUGGCUGGUGUGCAACCGGCUGGGCGGGGGGCGCGCGCGCGCACACGCGCUCGCGGCCGAAACGCGUGGCCGGGGGUUCGUUCCGUGGGCAGGUGUCGCAGCACGGUUGGACGCAGAGAUUGCGGGCCGCGCGUUCUGCUUCCUGCCGCUGCCGGUGACAACGCAGCUGCCGGUGCACACAAACGGCUACUUUGAGCUGAGCUCUAACAGGCGCGACAUCUGGCAGGGCACCGACCACCUGGGCACCCGCAGCAACAUCAAGUCGGAGUGGAACACGUGUCUUCUCGAGGACGUCGCCGCGCCGGCAUAUGCCCAGCUGUUGGUGCACGCAGUGAAGCAGCUGGGGCCUACUCCGGAGUACUCUCGGCUGUGGCCGGUGGGCGACUUGAGGGAUCCCUGGAGCCGGAUGGCGGGAAAGCUGUAUGAAGCGGUGGUGGACCUUCCAGUGCUGCCAACAAAGGCCGGGGGUGGCCUCGGCAGGUGGAUCACCCCCCGUCAGGCGGUGUUCCCCGACUUUCCGUUCGGCGACAUGGGCCCGCUCGGGGCCGCUCUGGUUGCGGCCGGGAUGCCGCUAGUAGACGUCUCGCCGGAAGUCUGUGCCAAGUUCCAGCAGUCAUGCCCCAGCCUGCGGUUCUUGACACCACAGCUCCUGAGGAGGCAGCUCGCAAUCACUGGGGGAAGAAGGCCGAAGCUGACGGACAGAGCGACAGUCGUGAUGGCUCUCAAGUACUGUCUCCAAGGCCUGGGCGACACCCCUCCCGGCGACCUCCUUUUGGGCCUUCCCCUCCUUCCGCUUGCGGACGGUUCCUUGGGCACUUUCGGACGGCCGUCCGAAGGCCCCAUUUUCCUCGCCACCCCCGAAGAGUACGCCGUGUUCGCCAGCAAAGUCCCGCGGCUGUUCCUGGAACAGGGCCCUGUCGUCAGUGAAGAAACGCGGAAGGUUCUCGAGGGGCUAGCCGAGGCAGGGGGAACCAAUCUGAGAGUUCUGAGCGCGGCUGACGUGGCAAGCUCUCUGCUGCCGAAGAUUCUGCCCGCGGGUUGGGAGCGGCGGCUGGAAGUCGAGUGGCGGCCUCCGGCCGAUGCGGAGGGUUUUGCAGGGGGUUUUGACGACCUCGCAGGCGAGGUUAGUGAUAACCCGGAUCAAGGGUCGAGCGGUCACCCGAGCGUGAAGUGGAUGACGGGUUUCUGGAAGUGGUUAGGGGCCAAAGGCGGGCUGGAGCUUUUCACCGACUGGCCUCUCAUCCCGACGUCUGGAGGAACGCUCUGCAAGCCGCUCGAAAUCAACCCAGCGCCGGGUUUGGAAGAUGGCUUUGACCUUGACCCGGAGCGUAAACCAUUCUCCGUCGUUGUGCGAGGAGAAGCGCUGAACGAGGGCGUCGUGGGUUUGCUCCUAAUCGCGGGCUGCCAGCUGUUGCGAAGUGAAAUUGUGGGGACUAACCCGGUUCUAAACCAGUUCGUGCACAGCAGCACGGCUACGGGAGUGCUGGGGGCGCUCUCUGAGGCCGCAACUAGAAAGGGGUCCCCACUGACGGAACUUCUGGAAGCGGCGACGCCCAGUCAGAAGCAGGAAACGCGGGCGUUUCUCUGCCAGUCGAAGUGGUUCAACCAAAGCGGGGCGUCAAGUUCGGAACCGCAGCAGAGGAAUAGUAGUUUGGGGAAUAGCUCAACGGCAGGGGAUAGCUUAUCGACUGCCCACCUGCGUAUCCUUGCGGCUCUUCCCAUCUUCGAGGCGUACACCGGCGCCGAGACUACCAGCGCGAGUGUGAACAGGCUCUUCGUCGACCUGGCCAGCAAGCCGCGCUUUUUCCCACCGCCCGGCGUGCCUGAGUCGCUGCUGAGUGUGAACUUCCUCCGGUGCGAGAACGAGAGCGAGCGCGCACUGCUGGGAAGACACCUGGGCGUCGAAUCCCUUGGACGGGCGGCCUUCUUUUCGGACCACGUCUUCGGACGUCCUGAGAUUCUCACUACUGACGUUGGCCGGCGGGCGAUGCUGGCGGUGUUGGCGGAUCUGCCCAGUUUAGCUGCAGAAAACCCGGGGUUACGGCCCAAAUUAACCCGGUUAGCGUUUGUCCCGACUGGCGCGGGGACACUCGCAGCGCCCGCAGACCUGUACGACCCCGGUGUGAACGAGCUCCACACGUUACUAGACCGGGGCGCGUUUUUCCCAAGCGAAGAGUUUCAGCGCCCAGAAGUCUUGGAGGUUCUGCGGGGCUUGGGUUUGCGGCGUGCUAUGGGCCGAAAGGGUUUGUUGGACAGCGCCCGUUCGGUGGAGAUGCGGGCUGGGUCGGACGUCCGAGAAGCAGUCAAGCGCGGACGGGCGCUUCUGCAGCAUCUGGACGACUUGGAGCGCGCGGCUGAGCCCCACGUGGCACCGGGCGGGAGCGUUCCCACCGCCACUCCUGCAGACGACGCCCCCGGUUCAAAUCCAGCCGGAACGGAGCCCGUUCAAAGUGUCAACCUUUCCCCGGUUGGAAAUGCUGGGCCUCCUUCCCCGGCUCCAGAAAGCGAUCUCGAAGAGGGCGCCUUUUGGACGCAGCUGGCGGGUAUCUCAUGGUGUCCCAUUCUGGAAGAGUCUCCGGACGUCCGGUUGCCGUGGCGGAACCUCGGCGGGCCGCUCGCACCGUCCAAAUUCGUACGCCCCAAGGAGGACGCCUGGCUGGUCUCGUCCGGGUUACGCCUUCUAGACGGCGAGGUCAAGUCGGCUAACCUGAAAACGAAGCUGGGCUGGGGGGAUCCCCCGGGCGUGAACGUGCUGGCGGGCCAGCUUCUGGAGCUCGGGAAAAUGUAUCCCCGAGUGGAAGACGAGGGGUUAGCCGAGAUUUUGGGAGGGGCGGUUUCGACGCUUUACACGGCGCUUCAAAAUGUUGUCGCAACCGAGGAGUUCGAAGUCGUGAGAGCUUCGCUCGAGGGAAGCAACUGCGUCUGGGUGGGGAACGGCUUCGUCUCGGCGCGGAGCAUCGCCUUCGAGUCGCCCGCCAACUUCCACCCAUACCUCUACACGAUCCCGUCGGAGCUGGCCCCCCACAGGCGGCUGCUGGAAGCUCUGGAGGUGCGGAAACGGUUUGCGGCGCGGGACUACGCGCAGAUGCUGUUCCGGAUGGCGCGGGACGCCAACGGAGAACCGUUGCCGAGCGAGCAACUGAACGUGGUCUUCCGCGUUUUGGAUGUCUUAGCGGAUGACCCGGGGCCUGCCCAGGUGACCUCGAUUCUGCUCCCCGACAAAACCGGAAGGCUUUCCCGAGCGGAAGAUCUGGUCUUCAACGACGCUUCCUGGCUGGCCGGGGAUGCGGAAACGGGGCCCCGGUUGGUGCACCCGGACGUUUCAAACGAAGUCGCCGAGAAACUGGGCGCGCGUUCCCUGCGCUACAUGUUUUUGGUCGACCAAGAAAUGACGAGCGACGUGCCGUGCCCCGGUUUGGAGCUAACACGCGCCGUUACCGACGAACCCAAGCUGGUGCUGUUUGACCUGCUGGAGGUUGCUGACGUGGCAGGCGCCCGGAGGGUCGAGAUUUUGAUCGACGGUCGGGAACACCCUCGGCAAAGUUUGCUCCAGCCGAACUUGGCGCCGUUCCAGGGCCCGGGGGUCGUUUUCCGCAUGGACGGGCCCCCCCUCAGCGUCCAAGAACUUUCCGCGCUCUUCGCCUCCCCUCCUGCGAAACUUCGUGGACGGAACUGCACCUACGGGAGCGCGCUUCUGAGCUGUUUCUCGCUGACGGAUUUACCGUUCAUCGCUUCGGGGGGGCUGCUCUACAUGUUCGACCCUCAGGGAAACAUUCUGACUGCGUCUCCAACCGGCGAAAUUGGAAAGAGGAAAGGCCCUACCGGGAAGGCGUACUCACUGACCGGAACGGACCUGGUAACCCGCUUUGCUGACCAGUUGGCGCCCCUGGGGUUAACGCCGGAUUCGCAGUCCGGUUUGGCCGUAACUCAGUCGGAGGGCACGGUGAUCCGGCUGCCCCUGAGAGUGGCGUCCGAAAAUCAGCCGGGCGCUUCGACGGACGUCCGAGAAGCGGUUGACUUCUUCCAGGAACACGUGGCGCCGUCUCUGUUGUUCCUGCGGACUGUGGAGGAGGUGGCGGUAAGAGUUUACCAGCCGGGAAGCGACAGAGCUCAGGAGGUGCUGCGGUGCGCCAUUCUGCCGCAGCAUGUGGAGCUGAGACAGCCGUUCCAGGAUCAGCAGAAGAAGCGCAGCAAGUUCGCCAUCAGCAGCCUCUUCAGCGGACAGUCCUCCGUCGUCCGCACCAACCGCAUCGCCGUCGAAACCUCCUCCGCUCAAAACCCUCAGCCGGUGCUAGACGAGUGGCUCGUGGUACAAGCUCUCGGCUCCGGGAAGACCCGGGACAUGUCCCUCGACCGCAAGUAUUUGUCGCUCAACCUAGUUCCGGUCGGGGGAGUGGCCGCACACGUCAUGCGUGACGGGAUGCCCAUACCCCACCCUGCGGCCGUGAGUGCAGAGCCGGAAAGAGGUUCGAACGGAGGGAAUGUGGGUGGCGCAGCGAACGGUGGCGCAGAAAACUCGUCGGUAGCUCACGAGAGAAGUUCAGACGGCGGAGAGGGAUGGGCUCAUUUUGAAGAAAGAGAGGAGGAGGGGCGAACGCCCAACGGCGACUCUUUGACCUUGGAGGAGAACGAGGGCACUUCCUCCCCUUCGGACGCUGUUCGAGAAGAACCCAAGCUGCAGAGCUUGCCGCUCGACUUCACCCCUUCUUCGCGGAUCCCCCACGCUAGUGCGGUUCACCUGGGGCUGCCGAUAUGCGGAGGAGAAGGCCUCCCGGUGAUCCUCUCUGGCCACUUCCUACCAGCUAAAACCACCUCUGGGCGCCAGCUGUUCCAGCGCGGUGUGAAUGCGCCUCCCCACUCGGCCGAUCCUCACCAGCCGUCCCCCGACUUUCUUCGCCUCAACUGGAACCGAGAGCUCUUGCUGUGCGUCCGAGAAGCGUACGUCGAGCUUCUCGUGCAUUUACACCGGGCAAGCAACCCCCAGACGUCACAGCCACAGCGCCCCCAAGGCGGGAACGGUCGGCUCGAGCCAGUAAUGGUUCCCCCGAUGACCCCCGAGCGGCUGUAUUCUUACUGGCCCCGAUUCACCAUCGCGGCUCUCACCGGACAACCGGACGACUCGGUUCUUGCAGAGACGCUCGUCCGGCCGAUGUAUGGGCUCCUAGCACAGCUGCCCCUGUUUCUGCUCCAGACCGGGGUACGGGCGAAGAUUGGCGAGGGCAUGUUUCUGGCGCCCCCGGCAGUUCAAGAGCGGCAGGGGGUCGUGCCGCCUGCCAGUGUUCUCCAGUUCUUGCACCAGCACUACCAGGUGUUUGCCGUGCCCUGGGAGAUCCGCGACGAGUUGCACGGCGCGGGCGUUUCCACCAGCGACCUCACCCCCAAGAUGCUUCGCUCUCUACUACGCUCCCCCACCGCUGCGAUCCACCAACUCCCGGACCCCCACCAAGCGCUGCUAACUCAGGUCGACCUACUCGAGUACUGCUGCGCAGACCUGAUUCUAAAACCGGACCCCCUGGCUCUCGAGCCAGCCCCCGACCAGAACGGGGUCUCCCGUGAGGUCGGGAGAGACAACGACAGGGAAAGGGCGCCGAAUGCAAACGGCGGGGAGCGGUUGCCACGGGCCGAGGAACUAGGGCGAGGGGAACAGGAGGCCGCGAUCCGUGCGCAGGCCGCCGAGCUCCGGAGAAUCACUCAGGGGGCGACCGGGCCAGCCGGGGGACCCCCCCGGGGGGUGGCCCUCGUAUCGCAAAGCGCAUUCGCUCCGGACAUCGACCGGUUGUUCGGCGCGGGGUCCGCUCGAGCUGCGGACACUUUCGUCGCAAGCAUCGCCGGUGCGAUAGCCGCCGGCGGGGGGCCCGGGGCCCAGGCAAACGGCCCCCCCGCCAGGCGGGCUCCGGACGCUCCGGUUGAGGAGGUGGUGCGAGAUGCGGACGGGAACGUCGUCCGAAUUGACGGCCAGAAAGUGACGGAGUUGAUCGGCGUCCGGUGUCCGGCAGCCUCUGGGGAAAUGUUCCGGCUUGGAGGGGAGGCGUUUUUGGCGACCCCUGCGCAGGAAAAUCUCCUCCCGGGGCUGGCGCCCAAGUUCGUGCACUCGCUUGCCACGCAGCGGGGGUCUCUUUCCACACUCUUCUCGCACCCCCAGUUCCGGGGCGCGCUCAACCUGAAGCUUUUCACACAGCAGCUGCUGGCAGCGAACCUAGGAAGUGCGCUGCCGAAAGUGUGGGCGAUAAGAGGGACUCCGAUUAUUGUCCCCUGGGACUCUCACCCCCACGCGCUGCCCAGUGCGCCGUCGCCCGAUUGGCUGAAGCGGCUCUGGCGGGAGGUCGGGGCGAAUGGGGAUGCGCCACGUGGCGCCGCAGGGAGCGCGCCAGAUGUCGCCCAUCUGUUGGACGGCGGCAUGUUCGGGCGGUGGCACCUGCUGCCAGCGGUGCAGGGCGCGCAGACGGUGCUCGUGCGGGGGGACCAGAAAGACCUUGUUUUCUACCCCCCGGCUGAGUUGGACGACAACGGCCCGUUCUUGCGCGAUCUGGGAGCUUCAGAGAUCCCGCCGGACAACCAUUCCGACAGCGAAGAAGAGACCGACCCGCUGUUGGAUCCGAGGCGAAAUCGCGAUUCGACGAGCCCUUCACAACCCGCCCCCAACGAAACUUCCGCUGCCACCAGCGGCACCGAGGACGCCAGCACUGCUCAUGACGUCAGCAACCCCCGCGACGCCAGCACGACUGCUGACGUCAGCACCCCAGAUGACGUCAGCAUCAGGAGAGCUCUUACCGAGACGGCGGUUCGUUACCCACGUCUGGCGGCGGCCCAUCCGUGGCUGCUGCCUCUUCUGCGGAGCAUUGGGGUCCCGAUCUUCGACACCCGUUUCAGGGGGGUGUGCGAGAGGCUGGUGAAGCCCCCCCCCGGGAAGGACGUGGCGCAGCUCCUCCUGGCGCGCCUGGGGGCGCUGCAACAGGCGCGCGUUCUCGACGUGUCAAGUUUGACCUUCACCCCCUCAGAGUGCGACUCCCUGGUCUCUGUCUUCGCCGGCUCCUAUGGCCCCGACCGCUACACCCCCGCUGACGUCACCCUCCUCAAGUCCCUCCCAAUCUACAAGACCGCACACACCGGCGACCACGUCAGCCUCCCUGCGGGGGGUCCGAAUCCCUACUGCACGGUCCCCCCUGCGAUGUUUCUGAAGCCCCGGGAGAGGGUUUUGGAGUACCGGGCAGAUGCCGGGGGGCUGUUCGCGGCGCUGGGAGUGAAGGAGCUGACGGAUGCUGACGUCAUGGCUGAGCACGCGCUGCCGGAGUUCGGCGUCCGCAGCCGCGAGGAGCGGGACCGGACGCUCGGACACCUGCAGGCGCACUGGGCCCGGUUCAAGCAGGUUCCAGCUGUUGUUGCCGCCCUCAAAGAAACCGCCUUUGUUCCGUCCGCCGGCCCUUCGCCAGACGGAACGGAACGCUCCCUCCACAAGCCGUCAGACCUCCUGGACCCAAGCAACACACUCCUCCGUCGGGUGUUCUUCGACGAACCGGAACGCUUCGCCGGGGGCGAGUUUGCCUCCGAACGAUGGCUUCCGAUCCUUCGCGAUGCCGGGCUACGUUCUAGCAUGGACGGAAGCCUCUAUCUAGAGUGCGGGAAAAGAAUCGAGGCGCGGGCGAAGGGGGAGGUCCGGUCUUCGGCGGCGGUGCUGCCCCCCGUCACGAGUGUCGAGAGCCGGUUUAGGAGGACGGAUAACCGGGCGCCGGUUAGCGGUAACCCGUCUGAGGCGGAGGCAACUAGCGGGGGGACCGACAGGGAGUUGCUCGAAGUUGCGGGGCUGCUUAUUGAGAAGAUGCUGGGCGAAUUUGCGAACGUGUUCGGUCCCGCCUUCUGUGAAGCUUUCAGUCAGAUCGGGUGCGUCCCGGCAGAGAGGAUCAUUUUCAAGGACGUCCGAACAGGCCGCGGGGGCGCCCGGACAACCAGCGUGCGGACGGUUCUCGCUUCUUACCAAGAAUCGGUGCUGUCCAAAGACUGGGCUCUGGCUUGGAGCUCCGCCCCGGUUCUAAAAAGCGAGCAGGUUAUCCCCCCGGCCUUCGCGUGGGGUGCUCUGAAGCUGCGGAGCCCCCCUGCUUACGCCACCGUAGUCGCGCACCUCAAAACUCUUGGCCAAAACGGGGGGGAAGACGUGCUGGCGCGCUGGGGGGGGAUUACAGGGGCGCGGACGGCGGGGGGACACGUGUCAGUCGAGGACGCGUUCCUGGCCGUUUUCAGAUUUUUGGAUUCGAAGUGGGACGGGCUGUCGGUGUCGGAGCGGGGCUUCCUGAGGGGCGUUCCGUUCAUUCCGGUUGCCAACGGAACGCGCCUGGUGGCCCCGGAUCGUUUGUACGCGCGCGCGCGCACCGACUUGACGCCGUUCGCAUUCGAGCUGCCGCGGCUAUUCACACCGUACCUCAGGGUUUUGGAGGGGCUGGGAACGGGGGACGCGCCAACGUCGGAGGGGCUGCUGAAGCUGAUUGCGGAGGUCGCCCAUGCCGCCGGCGGCGAGCGCCUCAACCCCAACGAGCUGCACGCCGUGCUGCGCAUCCUCACCCUGGCGUCCGAAGAGCUGGGCAGCGUCCGGAGCCGCGGUCUCGCCGUCCGAAAAGAGCGCAUUGUCGUGCCGGACGAGGGCGCGCGUCUGCAGAGGCUGGAUGACGUCAUCUGCGCGGACGCCGCGGGCGCGAGCCUGGUGAACGAGAUCGACGGCCGGAAGGUCCGGCUGACGCACCCGCUGCUGUUGGAGGAUGUAGCCGCGCGGCUCGGCGUCCGGAAGCUGUCCGAGAGCGUGGAAGAGGAGCUCGACCAAGCCUGGUUCCCCGAGCACCUCCCCUCCCUCGGAACGUUCUCCCGAGACCAAAUCGCGUCCCGCCUCCAAGCCCCCGACUUCGUAAAAGCAGCCACCGCUCUAGUUCACAGCCACGCCGCCGUCGUGCCCUCCCUCCGGCAAGUCACGAGGCGCCACGUGGCAGCCGCUCUGGCCAGCGCGGCUGACGGGCUCCGGCUGGUAAAGACGCUGAGCACGCGGCUGGUGCUGCUGCCCAGCCGAGAGGACGUAACGCUCCGGGAGGAGUGGCCCGAAGCGUUACCUCAGGAGGCGGAAGCAAGUACGGCAGAGAUGCCCCCUGAAAGUGCGAGCUUCAGCGGAAUGACGUCAGAGGACGCGGAGGGCGCAGGGGGGUCCGAAUUCACCGAAAACCAGCCCCUCAUUGCGAGGGUCCCUCAGAGCGCGCAAGGCGAGCCGGGCCCUCUGACCAGACCCCAGUCACGUGCGUACUCUUCCGUCCCAACGCACGACGACAUUGUGCCACCUGGCGCAUCCCAGCCCCCCCACCAAAGCUCACCCACCCGGCCCCCCCGGCAAGCCCCCCGCGUUCACACCCCCUCCCGGCAGCGCACCGUGUACGAGUUCUUCGAUCAGCGCUCGGGGAUGCUGUUCAUCGCCGCGCCGCCAUCAUACCUCCCCCUCCAGGAGCUCUUCUCGGGCGCGCUCAGCCGGCUGCUGAGCUCCCCGGUUCCCCUCCCCCUGGGCGCCCUGCUGUUCGCCCCCCCGGGAGAAGUGAUUCCGCUGUGCCGGGCGCUGCGCGUUCCUCUGCAGGAAAUGACGGACGAGGAGGGGGCGCGGCAGAGGGACGCGCAGAGGAGCGGAGCGCCCGGGGAAAAGUUGCUGCUAGAGGACCUGCCGCUGGUGCAGUGCCACCCGCUGCGACCGUACCAUGCUGGCGAGGUGGUUGCCUGGCAGCCCGGCCCGUCCGAGGCCGGCGUCCUGCGCUACGGCCGCAUCGCCCAGGACGUCCGCGCGCCGUCCGGCCAGGCGCUCUACUACGUGGCGCUCGAGACGCGCCCGGGGCAUGUGCAGGACCUCCUCUCCAGUGCCGUCUUCUCCUUCCGUAGCGCCUCCUCGCCGGACGGAGGCCCUGUUCCCGGGACGGCGGAACAAUCUCGUGCCCAAUUUUCGUCGCCAGCAGCUUCUAUGGGGCCCUUUGCUCCUCGCCAAGAAGCGAGCCGUGGGGCAGAG